GCUAAAACCUAAGUAAUUAAGCUCGAGUAACAGGCGCAGCCGGUGGUGAGCAUGUCGAGGGAUCCGCUGAUCGUCGGGGGGAUCGUGGGCGACAUCGUCGACUACUUCGACGCGUCAGCACGGCUGAGGGUGUUGUACAGCAACCGCGAGAUCACCAAUGGGUCCGAACUGAGGCCGUCGCAGGUGGCGAACCAGCCGACGGUGCAGAUCACUGGACGGCCUGGAUCACUCUACACGCUUGUGAUGGUAGACCCUGAUGUACCUACCCCAAGCGACCCCUCCCAAAGGGAGUACCUCCAUUGGUUUGUCACAGACAUACCAGAAGGACGUGAUGUGAGCCGUGGAACUGAGGUGGUGGCAUACGAGAGGCCGCAGCCCACGGCGGGGAUCCACCGUGUAGCAUUCGUGGCGUUCCGACAGUCGGUGCAGCAGACGAUCUAUGCACCAGGGUGGCGCUCCAACUUCAUCACGCGGGACUUGGCGGAGUGUUACAACCUCGGCGUUCCGGUCGCUGCCGCCUAUUUCUACUGCCAGAGGGAGGGCACCUGUGGUGGCCGUAGGUACCGGUGAAGCUAAGCUGUAUCUACGUGUGUAUGUGCCUGAAGAUCGACGCAAGAUCGCUUCAUCCAGAUGCGUUACAGGAAAUGAAUAAGUAUCUAAAUAAUCGCGUGUGUAGCAGGCUAGCUAGCUAGCUGUUUCCAAAGGUACAAUACAUAAAUUUGUAGGCCGUCUUGAUCGGCCCUUCGUGUGCCCCAAUGUACUAUGCACCCUCUUGGUGCAUCCCCUAAACAGUCAUCAAUAAUCCUAUAUACGUACACUUCUGCUUC